AUGGGUUCUGUGGUUUCCGGUUCUUCUUCCAAUGAAUCCUUACUAGAUUCGUCGUUCCAAUUACUAGCUCCAACUCCGUUAAAAGGGUUUUCUGGAUUGCCCUAUUUGGCUUCUAAUAAUAACAAUAAUAGCACCGGCAACAUCAACGGUAAUGGAAGUAGUAAUAGUAACAAUUUCGUCAUUUCUAUUGCCACAACACCGUCUGCCAUCAACAAGUCAAUCAUCAAUACAAAUUCUAUCACAAAUUCAAACUCAAGGUCAAAGAGUAGAUCUAGUAGCAUUCUAUUAAGUAACAAUAACUUGGGUGCCGAUAGUAAUUUCAACAUCACUCCUAUCCUAACACCUUCAAACUCCCUGCUAUUCAACAACAAUAACUGUACCAACAAUAAUAAUAACGAUACACAAUCCCUAUCCUCAUUACCUGCAUCUUCCAAUAUUAAUAAUUAUUGCAUAACCGCUUCAGCACCAAGCUCGAUAAAUGAACAAUUGAGAAGAACUCCCAUGAACAAGACUCCAUUAUACGCCUCUACCGGUUCUAUCUCUAAUAACAUUUCUUUGAUAGAUUUAUAUUCCGGGGUAAUGACCCCUAGACCGAAUUCAAUUGCUCCCUCCCUUGAAAGAUCAAAUAGUGCCUUUUCAUCAAGAAGUAAUAGUUCUGUCUCUGAACAUCUAAACGGUUCCUCUUCCUUAAAUGGCCCUAUAACGAUCUCUCCUAAAUUCCUGGAUUUAUUAUUGAAAAAUUAUCAAGAAAUUGUGGCAGAUCCAACUAUAACUCCCUUUGACCCAUCAAAUCCGCCUCCAAAUAUCUUGACUAAAGUGACAAAAUUAUCAUUAAAGAUGGCAAUCAAUAAAAAACUGGAUACUGGGUUAACAAAUUUCAACUCAGUUAACCAAAUAUCAAAUAUUUCGCUUAUAAGUAUUAAUAAUACCUUAUUAAAAGAAGUUAGAAAAGAUGGUUAUUUCUCAAGAAAUAAUUCUGUUUGUUCAUUUUCUAUCCCAUUAUCAUUUAAUUUAAAUAAUAAUAAUUUGAAUAAUUCGAAUAAUACAGAUAAUGUUUCACCUUUAAUAUCCACAUCGUUGACUCCAUUGAAGUUAUCUAACAAUAUCCCAAUAGAUCACUUUUCAAACCAACAAUAUCUUUUUCCAACACCAACAACAAUAACAACCCUUAAUACUGCGAAUGAUAGUAACCCUGCCACUCCAACUAUAAUUAGACAACCAAUACCCAAAAAUAUUACAAAUGAUUUAUUAUCAUGUAACAAUAAUACAGAUACCCAAGCAAAUUCAAACAAAUCUUCUUCAGAACAAUCUUCUUUAGAACAACCUCCUUCUUUUAUUUUCGACUAA